AUGCCACUAAUCACAAGUCUCAUCCCGACCAUCAUGCGUGAGAUGGAGCCUGUUGGGGGUAAUUGGUGCUGGAUAUCAUCGACUCGAUCCGACUUACGAUAUGGAAUGACACAUGGAUGGCGCUUCUUUAUUAUUUUCAUAACUAUCAUCAUAUACAUCUACAUCUGGAUAUACUUACGACGACACCUCGGCCCCAGAGACAAAAAGACACGGCCAACUAUUUCAUUCUCGACGCAUAACACAAACAGUGUAUUCUCCAAAGGCUCAAAAGAGAUGGGCUUUCGGGUUAUGAGAGAAGACACUCUGGAGCUCGAUACUUUUGGGACCUUCGAACCGAAUAUCUCACCCAAUUCGCCAACUAUGUUUGAUCAAAGAAGAAGUUUUUGGAACACACUGCAGCGCGACAAAAUCGAAGAGAUUCAAGAUGCAGGAUUGGAAACUCAAGGUGAGAAAAAAGCUAGCUAUGGGGAAGAAAUAGGAGGACCGGUCCGUCACAGACCAACCUCGUCCAAGAGAGGAUCAGAUUUGGCUUAUACAAGAGUUGCUAAUACUGAACCUCUUCAAGAACCACACUCUUCACGACAACCUUACACCAACGUUUUACAAACAAACGCCAGCGAAUUUCCCCAGCGUCGAGGAACCCGCGAUGUUGAAGUUGAAAUCAAGAGGAUGAUGCUGCUGAACGGUUACCCGUUUAUGUACGUUCUUCUGUGGACGCCAGGGCUUGUCAACAGGCUGCUCGAAGCAUUGGGAAUACCAGUUUCAGAGACAACCAUUGCUGCGUUGAAUACUUCAACGCAGUUUAUCGGAUUUGCUAACGCGGCAACGUAUGGGUUUAACCAUUAUCUGAGAGAUAGUUUGGAUACGCUGUACUGGACGCCUAUGAUUAUGAGAAUAAAGCAAUGGUUUGGGCGGUGA